GAGAGAUUGGUUUUCUUUCUCUCAGCAUCUCCACCCAACCAGCAGAAAACCGGUCUCUGACGUUUUAUCAAAAUAUGGAACUUGAUUUUGGACAUUUUGACGAAAGAGAUAAGACAUCCAGAAACAUGAGAGGCUCACGGAUGAAUGGGCUGCCUAGCCCCACUCACAGCGCCCAUUGUAGCUUCUACCGAACCAGAACCUUGCAGGCACUGAGCAACGAGAAGAAAGCCAAGAAGGUACGUUUCUACCGCAAUGGGGACCGCUACUUCAAGGGGAUUGUGUACGCUGUGUCCUCUGACCGUUUUCGCAGCUUCGAUGCCUUGCUGGCUGACCUGACUCGAUCUCUGUCUGACAACAUCAACCUGCCUCAGGGAGUGCGUUACAUUUACACCAUUGACGGAUCCAGGAAAAUUGGAAGCAUGGACGAACUGGAGGAAGGGGAAAGCUAUGUUUGCUCCUCAGACAACUUCUUUAAAAAGGUGGAGUACACCAAGAAUGUCAAUCCCAACUGGUCUGUCAAUGUGAAGACAUCUGCCAAUAUGAAAGCCCCCCAGUCCCUGGCUAGCAGCAACAGUGCUCAGGCCAGGGAAAACAAGGACUUUGUGCGCCCCAAGCUGGUGACCAUCAUUCGCAGUGGGGUGAAGCCUCGGAAGGCCGUGCGUGUGCUCCUGAACAAGAAGACUGCCCACUCAUUUGAGCAAGUCCUUACUGAUAUCACUGAAGCCAUCAAACUAGAGACCGGGGUUGUCAAAAAACUCUAUACUCUGGAUGGAAAACAGGUAACUUGUCUCCAUGAUUUCUUUGGUGAUGACGAUGUAUUUAUUGCCUGUGGUCCUGAAAAAUUCCGCUAUGCUCAGGAUGACUUUUCUUUGGAUGAAAAUGAAUGUCGAGUCAUGAAAGGAAACCCUUCAGCCUCUGGUGGCCCCAAGGCAUCUCCAACGCCUCAGAAGAGUUCAGCCAAGAGCCCUGGCCCCAUGCGCCGGAGCAAGUCUCCAGCUGACUCAGGUAACGACCAAGACGCAAAUGGAACCUCCAGCAGCCAGUUCUCUACCCCCAAGUCUAAGCAGUCUCCCAUCUCUACGCCCACCAGUCCUGGCAGCCUACGGAAGCACAAGGACCUGUACCUGCCUCUGUCGUUGGAUGACUCAGACUCACUUGGUGAUUCCAUGUGAAGAAAGAGUAUUCAGAGUCCAGAGUACAAAUCCAAGCUUACUGUUACGAUAGGGUACUUCUGCUCAAGUGUCCAACAGGGCUAUUGGUGCUUUCAAGUUUUUAUUUCUUUGUUAUUGUUGUUAUUUAAAAAAAAACACACACACUGUAAUAUGUUGGGUUUAUUUUCCUGUGAUUUCUCCUCUGGGCCACUGAUUGAUCCACUGUUCCCAAUUAUAAGAGAUAGAUUGAUAACCAUCCUUUGGGGUAUCUUUCCAGGGAUGCAAAAUGUGAUAGUCCAUGACCGUCCUACUGAAUAUUUAGGCAUCUGCAUUAUUUUCCCUGUCUCACUUUGCUCAUACACAGGAGCCUUCCUUUUGUAGAGGGUUGUUUACAUACAUAGCACUUAAAAUGUGUGUGUGUGGGGAAAACAUCAUUGGAAAAUCCAAGAGUGAUAAACACAAGUACCCCCUGACUCCCAAUCUCGAGAAUCCUGAAAGAUCCUCAGAGGAUGGCAAGGCAGCUCCCUGGUCUUGCUCUUCACUCCUGAUUGAGCCUUCUGUUUGUUGUCUAGCAUUAAUUCUGGCUAACCAUGGGGAGAAACACCAGCAACUUAUAAUUCUGGCACUAGACACUUAGGGCCCUGGUACAGGGCUGGCUGAAAGAAACUAGGCAGAAUUGGAAAACACUGUAGGCAUCUCAGUAAAGUUUAUAAAGCACAGUGAAUUCCUUGUCAACUCCUCCACUGGGGCAAUUUAGAAUCAAUAAGCAAUUAAUAGAGUUGGGGGUGAGGGACUUCAUAUAGCUGAUUCCUUUAGGAGGCUGUCUAACAUAGCAAAUUAUUACACAAUGUGUAUGGUAUCCAUCUAUCUCUGUUCUAUUGAAUGCCUUGUAAACAGCCAACACUGAAAACACUGUGAGAAUUUGUUUUCAGGUCUGUUACCUUUCGGUCGCUUUUUAUAGCAAGGAACCAAUAUCCUUUUUAUAAAACCUCUUGUCUGUAUUUCAGGAGCAAACUCUUCAGGCUCCUUUUUUAUAAACUGGUGAUUUUUCUUUUGUCUAAAAAACACAGCAGAAAAUUUAUCAAAAAAAAAAUGCAGAAUAACGUAGUUUAGAAAUCAUGCUGUCACUGCCAAACAGAGACCUCCAGGAGAAAACAAAAUAAAUAGCAGAGGCCAAUUCAAUAGAAUCAGUCUUUUGAUAACUUUUUAACAGUUAUGCUUACAUUAAUAAUUUCAUUGUGGACCAGACAUUCUAAUUAUAUUUUAAAUGAAAUGUUAUGGCAUAUUUUAAGCAACUCUUUUUUAUCUAUAAUCCUGAUAGUUCAUACUGAAGCUACAGAAACCUUUCUCCUGUCUUUAACACUAGAAAGGGUUUCUCUUUGCUAAGGACUGAUCAUUUCAAAUAAUUAUCAGUCUUUGAGGUACAGGUUCAUAACACUGCUUUUUGUCUGUAAUCAUAGCCCAUAAUUUCAAAGAUAACUAAAUUUAAGUGAAAACCAUGCAUGCCAAUUCUGUGUUUGUUUUUAACAGAUAUGAAGAUUUCCUUAUUUCUUUGUAAUGUGCAGAUAGUUGGAAAGGCACAGCAUUUGAAGCCACAUUGCUUCUUGGCUAUUGAAUGACUUGCAGUUUUCCUCUACUUUAAUAGGAAUGAGCUUGCUCUGUGUGUGUGUGUGUGUGUGUGUGUGUGUGUGUGUGUGUGCAUGCACGCGUGUGCACGCGAGUGCAUGUGCAGGCACGCACACAGCCCCUUCAUAAUUGAGAGAUACUACAGGAUACUCCAACAUGGGUCAGUAGCAACUUGGUGGCCUUGCUGAUGAGCACUGUGUAGGAGGGAAUUCAGUGGUGGAAGGGGUACUUCAGGUGCCCCUAGACAAGAUUCAGAUGACCUCCGCUACAAGAGACAUUCUUGGUUCAAGAAAAGUCCAGAUGGUGGUAGUACUGAUUCCUGGUUAAAUUGGUCAUUGAAGAACCCUAAAAUAUGAUAAUCUCUUUUUGCCCCUCUCCUCUAUUUGUAGGUUUCUUAGAAACCAUUAAGAAGCCCAUUUUACUUACUCCUUUAUUUCUUUUCGAAAAGUUCAAGGUUUUCUUAGUGCCUCCCAGAACAAUUUGUAGUUAACUGGGAAAAAUUGGUGCUUGAGAUGGGUGGUGUUAUAGAGAGUGGUAGGAGGUCAGACUUCAGGUCAGACCCCCAAAGAUUCCACCCUUUCUCUAGAUCUCAUUUAGUCCAAUUCCUUUCAUCUAUGAUGAAAUUAAGGCUGAAGCAGCUGAAUGACCUGCUGGAAAGAGCGGGACUAGAGGAGAGAUUGAGAUUUCCUCACGUCCAGGCCCUAUGCUACCUCUCUGAGUGUUUCCUUACUUGUGGCAUAUGUAUCAUUAGGAAAUACUAAAUGGACAUAUUUUCUUUAAAAUAAUCUUUGAACCAACAAUCUCCUAUAAUAAUAGUAGAUUUUCCAUCUUUCUAGUAAUAAAUUAUAAGGAAAUAUUUCUGUACUGCCACUUCAGGGGGACUUGGUAUAGUUAAAAAUUCAAGGCUUUAGUAAUUGCAUUUUAUUUAUUUAUUUAUUUAUUUAUUUAUUUAUUUAUUUAUUUAUUGUUUAUUUUAUUUAUUUAAUUUUUUUUAGUAAUUGCAUUUUAAAUUGGCCCAUUUUCAAGGCAAAAAAGAAAAAUUUUGUAACUGAGUGACUUCACCCAUCAUUCAUUCCCAAUUUUACCCAAUCCAGUUUUACCACUAAACUCCCAUUGUGUUACCUGCUGCACAGUUAGCAAAUAACAAGUCAUUCAGCAAACACUUGCCUCCACUCACCCCAUUCUUUCUCCCUCUUUCACACACACAUACAAACACACACUCAAUUGAUCUGUUGCUUAUUCCUACCUCCUGAUUUUUCUCCCUUACAGAAAUAGAAAUAGGGACCAAGAAGGGGAAAAUGUAUAUAUGGGGUCGGGGCAGAACAACUUCAUAACUAGUGUUAACUAGAGGUAAAUUGAGAGAAAAUUUCCUUUUCAGUUUGGAAAGUCUAGCCAUUAGCAUGACUUCUUUUUGUCCUUACGGACUUUAGUAUUAGCCUAGAUUGAAUCAUAGAGUUUUCUAGCUGGAAGGAACCUUAAGAUCACGUCAUCUACUCUAAACUUUCGUCAUUUUCAGGCCAAGAAUGGAGAUGCAGAGGUAAAGUAAUUUCCCCAAGGUCACACAGCUGGCUAGGGGCAAGUCUGGGAUUAGAACCCACAUCUUCUGGCUCUUAUUCCAGGGCCUUUUCCAACUGAACUGUACUGCCUUCAGUUAGGCUCCUGAGAAUUCUUUCCCAGGAUCAUGUUGCAUCUUGGAGCCAUAUGCUGCUGUCCUGAUCUCAGUGGGAAAUCCACCCAGCAACCUAAUACAGCUUUUUCUCCCUAUAUUCAUAUGGUUCACAUCCACAUGAACUGCAGAUGUCUGCAAAGAGAAGGAAGCACUGAAGACCAACAGGAGCAAUGGGGUCCCUGACCUUGUGCAUCCAACACAGGGGGUCACUGCCCUACCUUGAGAAGCCCUCAGAACAGCCCCCUGAGCUCCUGCCCUGUCCAAAUGGGACAUAGAAAGACUGGUUUUCCCAAAACAGCUCAUUUUAUCUCAUUUCACACUGGUUGGUCUUCAUAGGUCGAGGGAAAUGUUUCUUGGUUUUAAAGAAUGAAAAGGAAGGAAGGAAGAGGGAACAACAGCUUUGUUCAUCCUGACUUUCUGUGACGGCUUUUUAGUAUUUUUAAAAUGAGUGUGGCUACCAUUUUCUGGCAAUGAUUUCUUUUAAAGAUAUGGGAGUGAGACUAGCUAUAGAAAAUAACCUGGUCUUGCUGUGGUUAUCCUCAUCCGCAAUGUUCCCAUAACCAUCUUGCCAUUAUAGGGACAAUUUCCAAGUAUAAGCAAGGGGCUUUGUGACUAAAAUGUACCCUGGCCUAUGUUAAACACUGGCUUCUUGUGUUUGCACUAAAAUAGUAAGCUGUGUGCUCUAUACACCAUACUCAUCUUGUGUACACUGCUCCUGUGGCCUUCCAUGUCAGUAACCAGGACAACAAUUUCGGAACAUGUACUAUUCCUCACAGCAAGCCUUUUCCUGGGAACUAAAGGGUAUUUAUUAGUUCAGUUCCAAGAGACCUCCUUCCAGGCUUACACUACCCCUCAGGAAAUUCUGUCUGAUUCCCGCUUCUCCUCCCCAAUCCAAAAUAACCAAGAAACCUUAAAGUGGAUGUGUAGUUAUCUGAAGGCAAAAAGAAACGGUCUGAGCCCCUAGAUCCUUCUUUGAAUUAACCAGUCCAAGUCUUAGAGCAGCAAUCCAGUGCUUGCCUUGGAAAAAAUUGUGUCCACUUCCCUAGUCCUUUCAGUAUUCUGGAUGGACAUGCUCCCAAUCCACCUCAGAUUUGGUUCUCAACUUAAAAAACAAACAAACAUGUCUUCCUUGGACAAGGCAACAAGGCUUCGCAUGUCCCCAAAAUGAGCUCUAGCACACUGAUGAGAAUGUUUCCAAAGACCAGCCCACCUCACAAAUAUCUAUGCCAGGAGACUUACCCGGGGCCAGAUGCACUGGGACAGUGGGGUUUGAAUAACCUUAUCCACUGUCCAGUUUGCUAUGGAAAUAAAAGCAUUAGAAAUAAAAAUAAAUAAAUAAACAAAUAAAACAAA